AUGCAUUUCAUAUAUACAACUCUCGUUAUUCAUUUUAUUGCCUCGCUGUGCUCGGCUGGUCCAAUCGCUCAUUCUCGGUUAAUGCUGGAAAGAAGGCAUCAUACCCCAGAAGAAACAUCGUCACCUGUAUUAGACACUUCUACAGCCGCUUCUCACUAUCUACAAGAUACCUCUGCCACGCCUGGCAGCAGUAUCUCUUUACGUACUACGGCUAGCACAUUCUCCACGGCGAUGCAGACAGAGUCGAGCUCUAGUGCUGUGCGUCAUCCUUUCACUGCUGACGAAGAUGAAGACGAAGACGAAGAUUCCGAGAGCCAUUCGGCACCACUUCCAUCGUCACACAUGGCCGCGAGUAGCUUGUCGGCACCUGCUACACAUCUGCCUGAAACAACCACAACCAAUACCCUCCCUCAUGGUUAUGGCACCCCCAGUGCCUCAGCCUCCAAGACAUCACGUACAACACAUACAACCUUGCUCGCAGACACACUCUCUAGAAUCGAUAUUGUGCAUUCCAGCUCCGCGGCUGUCGCAUCGAGUGAGAUGGCUGAGCCUACGGUCACGACAACUACAGUCACAUCAACAAUCUAUACACACCGCAGCUCCACAGCUAUUGCCUCCAGGACACCGUCAUCACACUCAUCCGGCCCAUUUGGAGCCAGUGCAUCGACUUGGAAGACUGCGAGACCUACGUCGCAUCUGUCCCCCACAGUAUCGGCAACUUCCAUGAGUCCCUCUGCUGCUGACCAUCCUACGUCUACGCCAGCUCAAUCUUCUACAAUUAAACAGACAUCAUCACAUUUCUUCCGCGGCUCCACAGCAGCCACGAACAUUAUGUCUACAGUGUCAUUUAUCCCUACCAUCGGCGUGAUCCGCACCUUACCAGGAGCUGGCUCUCCUGGUACCUCUAACGGAGCACAUCAGAGCCCAACUGCAACUGCAUCGCAUACCAGUGUCCAUUUGACCUCGGGCACAGUCAGCAACACCCAUACAUCCAACACAUGGACCGUACGCCCCACAGCCGCGGCCUCUCACACAAAUUCGAUAUCCCACACCCAGACUGUUUCAAGGGCAUCGAUCACACACACCGGCAUACCAACAACCAAGGGUCCCGCAGCACCGGAUGUAACAGGAACGGUCGUCUCUAGAACUGGGAUCGUGAUAAUCAUACCGGGGAUAUCUACAAGCCGGAACAUCACGAUCCCGCUGAGCCCUGACGAUAACAUUCCCUCAACGGGAACAGUAUCAAUGUCGACAAGGUCACCCCAAGGAACAACACCUGUCUGGGUCACCUCACAAACAACCCAUACCUUUAGCCCUCAUGGCCCGGGCUUGGUGACGACCAUCUAUCCCACCAGUACUGCGACCAAAGUCAUCACUGUUGAAUUGACAGCAGCCGGGCAAACUCGAUGGCCGACCACUACUGCUACAUCUGUCCCUAUGUCAAGUGAGCGAAGUUCGCGACCAGCUACACAGGCGACCGCCAGUAAGAAGGCACCCGCUCCAGUGUCGGACAGCCCCGAUAGUGGAAAUUCUUUGGUUGUGAAUCCUGUUUCGCCGAUGUUUCUGACUGUGACCGAGACGAAGACGGUGACUGAGAAGACGACUGAGACGAGAACCACUCUGAUGACAGUGAUGGCUACUGCUGGUUGA